CCACAGUGAGCACAGGGAGUCUGGGCUGCUAAAUGCCCCAGCCUCAGAGGGACGAUGGUGGAGGGCUGGUAAAGAUGGCGGCGCUCUCCGAGGAUGGGAGGUACGGAUUAAAUUGUGGCCAACAGAGCGCUGACAGAGUCACCGUAUUGCACGUCAAAUUGACCGAGACAGCACUGAGAGCGAUAGAGAGCUACCAAAAUUGUAUGAAUGUACCUUCUUUGCGGCCAACAAUACAAUUCAAGGGACUCCAAGGGCGCAUUAAAAUUCCUAAGACCAAUUCCUCGUCAGACACCUUCAACAGUUUUGAUUUCUACCUGUCUAAUGUGGGCAAAGACAACCCUCAGGGAAGCUUUGAGUGCAUCCAUCAGUAUGUGUCGAGCUCAGGGGCCUCACACCUGGCAUUGUUGGCGACGGUACAGGACAAGCUCACAGUGCGUGCCACCAAUGACUCCUACCAGGUGACCCGGGAACGCAUGACCCAGGCUGUGGAGGACACACGUGAACGUGGGACCAAAGUCAUCAAGCCUGGGGGCCAGUACAGAGGAAAGCAAGUCCAUGUCCGUAAGCCUGCACUAUCAACCCCAGAGGUGGCCCCAGAGCGCAAGCGCUCUACACCUAUCAACCCAGCCAACACUAUUCGUAAGUGCCUUUCCAAUAACCCUGUGUCCCAGCGGCCAUUCCGAGACCGCAUCAUCCACCUGCUGGCGCUGAAGUCCUACAAGAAGCUGGAAGUGCUUGGCCGUUUGCAGCGGGACGGAAUCAACCAAAAGGACCGGAACUCAUUAGGGACUACCUUGCAACAGGUAGCAAACCUGAACCCAAAAGACAACACAUAUUCAUUGAAGGACUUUAUUUAUCGUGAUGUCCAGCGAGACUGGCCUGGCUACUCUGAAGAUGAGAAGUCCCAGGUUGAGUGGAUCCUGACUCGCAAAUUAGGUCUUCCUACUGAGACACUCUCAUCAAGCAGUUCUCCCAAAGACAGUGUCCCCACAUCCCCCCAGAAGCGCCAGCCAGACUUUGACUUUAUUGAUCCUUUGGCGCCCAAGAAAGCCCGCAUAUCGCACCUCAGCAAUCGAGGGCCAGCCGCAUCUUCCUCAUCCUCCUCCUCUGACCGCCAUGAGGACGAGGGCAGCCCCAGCUCUAAACGCUCGUCCCUACCCUCCAGCGUCACCUCUGGCCCUCCCACCCAUCUCCCCAUCUCCUCCCACCCUCCCGCACCCUCUCACCAGCAGCCCAGCCCAGCCUCCAACUCCAACUCACCCAGCACCCCGGAGGGCUGCGGCACCCAGGACCUGCCCAUGGACCAGAGUUCCUCCUGCAGAGACCCUUCACCCAGCCCCUUCUCCUCCGACAGGACCCUGCAGGACCGUUUUCGGCACCCUUUCCCGGUGCCCAGACCAGCGUCCUCCCCGAGCCCUCCUCCCCCUCCUCCUCGCACCUCACUCUCGGUUACCUCCACUGUCAUCACCAGCCCCCCUUUGCCCAGCAGCACCAACAAGAAGGUCAAAAAGAAAUCCAAGAAGCACAAAGAUAAGGAUCGGGAGAAGGAGAAAGGGAAACGGACGGAAAGAGGCAGCAGUAGUCCUCCCAGUGUGGCAGAGAGGGCUGUGGAGAGUCGUAAAGCCAAAAAGAGGCGCAGUGCUGAGGAGGAGAAGAAGGAAGUUAUUGACAAAAAUCCUCACAAAGAUCAAGACUCUUCAGAUAAAGAGAAGCCAGUCCAGUCUACUGAAUUCUCCUCCACAAUUGAGAUGCCAGACUAUGUAGUGAAGUACAUGCCGUUGGUGUCCAUGGACCAGCGGCAAAGCUACAAGGAUGACUUUAAUGCAGAGUAUGAUGAGUACCGCCUGCUGCACGCCCGUGUGGAGAGCAUCACCCGCCGCUUUACCCAGCUGGAUGCUCAGUGCCGGAAGCUGGCACCUGGCACCAAAGAGUACCAGAAGGUGCAAGAAGAGGUCUUGAAAGAGUACAAAAAGAUGAAACAACACAGCCCCAACUACCAUGAGGAGAAACAGCGCUGCGAGUACCUGCACAACAAGUUGGCUCACAUCAAGCGGCUAAUAGCUGAUUUUGACCAGCGCAGAGCCCAGUCCUGGUGCUGAGAGCUGAGAGCACAGCACACAACAUCUUCACUAAUCAGUAUUGAGAAAGGAGUGUCGAACCAGGAGGGGGUAUCCAACUGGCUCUUAUUUAUUAACACCCCUUCAGUUACUGCCUCGACAACAUGCCCCCACCCCACCUCACUCCCCUUCCUUCCUUCCCUCUUCAUUCUCCCCCCUCAUCCUUAUUCAUUCCUUUCCUUCUUUUCCAAUCUUUGAUUCCACAGGCUUCAUCGUCGCCUGCAAUCUCAAAAAAAAAAAAAACAACAAAAACUCACUUUGACUUUUUACCCCCAUCUUUCGCUUUCUCACUGAGUUCCCGUGGAAUUUCAUACCACUGGAUCAGUGGAAAGAGCUGCCUGCAUGUGGGUUUGGGGGAGAAAAAAAACAUCAAAAAACUUCAACUCUUCUAACUUUUGAAGGACUUAUCUUGAGGCAAAAAAAGAACAAAAAAAAGUAUUUUUGAGCAUCAGAGAAAAUAUUAACACAUAUUUAAGUAAAAGAAAAAAAAGAGGGAGAUCUAUUUAUUUUGGGACUCGUAGUGCAGAAGAGGAGUCCGCAGAUGAUAUAUUGUUUAACUUUUCUUGAAAACAAUGCAAAAAAAAUUACAGCGGCCUUAUGUGUGUCAGCUAUUUUGCACGCAAAAUCCAUUAAGUCCUCUCAUUUGGCAGAGACGUCUCUCCUGACUCCUUUCCUCUCUUUUCACACAAAACUGUACUGGAUAACACUGCUUCAACAAAUUGCUGUCAUUGCUGAGUUUGACGCUGAAGAGGAAGGAAAUGAGACAGGAAGGAGAAAUCACUCGAGCUGACUGAGAAACAAAAACAUUAUGUGUGCAUGGAUUGUAAAUUUAGUUGUAAUGACCACAUGGGGUGGUGAGGGUGGGAUGAAUUAAUGGAGUAUGACCCCAAUCCUCCCCACACUCUGACGGGAGGGGGGGGGGGGGGGGGGGCAGUAUUCCCCGCUCCAGUAGUGUUUAAUGUUAACGGUGCAUUAUGGGUGCCUUAAGGUGUUUACACUCGCACACGUCAAGUUGGGCCGAGCCUUAAGGGGCCACAGGCUACACAAAGGAACUACAACUGCCUGGAAACAGGUUGUGUGUGUGUGUGCGUGUGUGUGUGUGCGUGUGUGUGGAUGUCUGAGCAGAAGAGAAAGGAGUGUUACAAACUGUACGAGUGUGUGUGUGUGUUUGUAUAGUUGUGCAUUAUGUGGAGUGACAGGUGAAAGGAAAAAAAAAAAAACAAAUGUGGGGGGAAAAAAAAGUGAGAAAUAUGAAAAACAACAAAAAAAAAGCUGCUAUAGUGUUUGACCAGCCAGAGCACUCAGGAUUAGCCUGGCUGGAGUAACAGUACCUGAUCUUAAAUGAAGAGAUGUAGAGGAUCCUUAUCUUCCAGAAUGGUUCAUCUCUAAACCCUGAAAAGGACUGCGCCCACCUCUUCAGCUUUUGUCCUGCAGCAAACAGUCUGUGUUUCUGUAUUAGAGGGAAGCAAAAACUUGCCAUCCACCAGAGGACUAAUCUGUAUUACAAAUGUAUUUGACUCUGAGUUUGAGUUCUGAAAGGUUUCAGAGUAAUUUUUGUUUUUUCCUCCAAAAUUAGAUACCGAUUUAGUUCGAAGGAUGGAUGAAUGGCUUCUAUAUUAAAUCUUUAUUUCAACAAGGGAAAAUUUGUUUACAAACCUGUGUUAGAGUGUUUGCCAAAAUAUUAAAGACUUUUCUGGUCCAGCAUCUGUGGAGUAAAAUUCCUGAUUGGGGCUUCAUUUUAGGAGACAUCAAUACUGGAAUAUAUGUUUCCUUAAGUGAUAAAGUAAAACACCCUUAACAUUUGGGGAUGUCAAAAAGGAACUUAGCCACUGUGCCCCUAGAAAUAUCCACAAUUAAAGAGCGUUGACUACAUGUUUGUAGUGGUCAGCUCCUUCUCAGCAGUCCUAGUAUAAAAUAUAUUCAGCGAGUGUGGACAUGUAAGAGGCUGCGUCCUGUACUGGGGAGAAUGUGGCACCAUUUUUUUUUUCCACCAAAAAUAUAAUUAUUGGGUCCUGUGGGUUGCGGAGUGGGGCCUUCAUGGAUCUGGCUUGCUCUAGUGCAUCCCACAGAUACUGGAUCAAAUUGGGAUCUGGGGAGUUUGGAAACCAGAUCAACACCUUGGGCUCUUUGUUGUGUUAGUUGAGAUAAUUCUAAGCAGUUUUUGUGGUGUGGUGGGAGCACUGUCCUGCUGGGGAAGAUAAUAAUUAGUCAAGUUAAUAUUGGCCAGGCCCAUUUCACAUGUAUUUUGGUUGUGGCAUUCUGUCAGAUAGUCAGUCUCUGCAGUAGACUGGCUGUUUUGGUCGACUGUCAGAAUCAGGUUAAACAUAAUUACAAGCUGGGUUUAACUCGCUUGUUGUCGCUCAAGUUAUUUUGGACAAAAAAAUCAGCACUUGUGUUUCGGAGGUGUCACAACAGCAGAUAAAAAAAUGUCCGCAAGGGUUCAGACUCUAGAUUUACAACUACUAUGGCUGUGGGCCACAGGGUCUGGUUUUUAUUUUUAUCUUUUUCUGGUAUAUUUUUACACUUAUCCCUUGCAAUCAUUACUUCCCAGAAUUCAGAAAGUCCACACUUAAGGGUCACUCUGACAAAGUGUUGUCCGUCACUUUUGUCAUCCUCUCAGCCUUCCAAAGAUUUAUGUCUUUACUGAAAACAGCUUUACUGGUGUUUGGUCUGAACAACAUAAAUCAGUCUGAAGUGACAUCAUAGUGGAAGCGAUGGGAGAAGAGUGUUGAUAAAGAGUCUUAAUGAGGAAGUGACAAAGUAAAAAAACAUGCCUCGAUUUGAGAAACCACUGAAAAUCAAGUGAAUUUUGAGUGAAAUCUGAUCCUUCCCAGCUGAAAAUGUACAAGUCAUUUCAAUAAAAAAAAAUCUCAAGUUUA